AGGACAGCGGCACGGUGGCUGCACCGGACCGCACGCGCGGCCGAGGGGGUCCGGGGUCCCGGGGCCCUUCGGGGGCCGCGAUGCUGCUGCACCCCCUGCUCCGGGCCCUGCUGCAGGUGACCCUGCUGGCCGACGCGCUCGUCGGGGACGUGUCCAACUCCAGCGAGGUGCCGGUGGCCCUCAACUCCACGCUGGCGCCCCUCAACUACAGCUCCCCGACUCCCAGCGACGCUCCGAUCAACGGUUCGAAGGUUGGGCCAGAGGACACGUUGCCCCGAAUCGUGGAGCAGCCACCGGACCUGGUGGUGUCCCGAGGUGAGCCGGCCACACUGCCCUGCCGUGCUGAGGGUCGGCCAAGACCGCGUAUCGAGUGGUACAAGAACGGGGCACGAGUGGCCACAGCACGGGACGACCCCCGCGCGCACCGCCUGCUGCUGCCCAGCGGUGCGCUCUUCUUCCCACGCAUCGUUCAUGGCCGCCGUGCGCGCCCUGAUGAGGGUGUCUACACCUGCGUGGCAAGAAACUACCUGGGAGCUGCAGCCAGCAGGAAUGCCUCGCUGGAAGUGGCAGUCCUCCGGGAUGAUUUCAGGCAGACUCCAGGGAACCUGGUGGUGGCUGUGGGGGAGCCGGCCGUCCUGGAGUGUGUGCCACCCCGAGGCCACCCAGAGCCCUCUGUGUCCUGGAAGAAGGACAGAGCAAGACUCAAGGAGGAGGAGGGAAGGAUCACGAUCCGUGCCGGGAGACUGAUGAUGACCCACACGCUGAAGAGUGACGCGGGCUUCUACGUGUGCGUGGCCUCCAACAUGGCAGGAGAGCGGGAGAGCGGCCCAGCCCAUCUCCUGGUCUUGGAGCGUCCCUCAUUCCUGCGGCGGCCCAUGAACAAGGUGGUCCUGGCAGAUGCCCCUGUAGAUUUCCCAUGUGAGGUGCAGGGGGAUCCCUUACCACGUCUCCAUUGGCACAAAGAGGACGGGGAGCUGCCCCCGGGCAGGUAUGAGAUUGGGAGUGACCACAGCCUGCGAAUCAUGCGUGUGCGGGCCGAGGACGAAGGCACCUAUACCUGCGUGGCCGAGAACAGCGUGGGCCGCGUCCAGGCCUCGGGCUCACUCAGUGUCCAUGUCCCACCCCAGCUGGUGACACAGCCCCAGGACCAGAUGGUGGCCCCUGGAGAGAGUGCGGCUUUCCAGUGUGAGACCAAAGGGAACCCCCCGCCCGCCAUCUUCUGGCAGAAGGAAGGGAGUCAGGUUCUGCUUUUCCCCAGUCAGUCCCUCCAGCCCACGGGGCGCUUCUCCGUGUCCCCGGGGGGCCAGCUCAACAUCAGCGAAGUGCAGAGUGGGGACGCCGGCUACUACGUGUGCCAGGCAGUCAGUGUGGCCGGCAGCAUCCUGGCCAAGGCCCUGCUGGAGGUGAAAAGAGACUUCUUGGAAGCACUGCCUCCCGUCAUCCUCCAAGGACCCACCAACCAGACCGUGGUUCUGGGGUCCCCUGCGUGGCUGCCCUGCAGGGUGAGCGGGAGCCCCCCUCCUCAUGUUCGCUGGACAAAGGAUGGCCAGUGGCUGCAUGGAGACCACUCCCAGCUCCACACCCUGGCCAAUGGUACCCUGCACAUUGCCAGCGUGCAGGAGAUGGACUUGGGGAUCUACAGUUGUGUGGCCCAGAACCCUGCUGGCGAGGCUGUGUGGAGCGGCUGGCUGUGGGGGCCCCACAAUUGGGGAGCAUCGCCAGACCCCCCUCCAGAAGCCAGCGCCCCCCCUGGGCCUCCCUCGAAGCCUGUGGCUACCGAGGUCACCAAGAACAGUGUCACACUAACCUGGAAGCCCGGGAUACAAGCCGCGUCCGCCAUGACCUCUUAUGUGAUCGAGGCCUUCAGUCAGGCCGCUGGUAACACCUGGCACACAGUAGCCGAUGGGGUGCAGCUGGGGACUCACACCGUGGGGGGGCUGCAGCCAGACACCACCUACCUCUUCCUGGUCCGAGCCGCAGGCGCCUGGGGCCUCAGUGAGCCCAGCCCCAUCUCGGAACCUGUCCAUACCCCAGCCAGCAGCCCCUCUCGGCCUGAGGACGACCCCUGGCGUGGCCAGCGGGGACUGGCCGAGGUGGUUGUGCGUGUGCAAGAGCCCACAGUCCUGGGGCCUGGAACCCUGCAGGUGGCGUGGACGGCGGAGGGGCCAAUGCACCUGGUGCUGGGUUUCCGCAUAUCCUGGAGAGUGGCUGGAGCCCUUGGGGGUGCGUGGAUCUCGCAGGACCUGCCCUUGCCAAGGGCCCAGAGCACCACGCUCAGGGGCCUCCCAGCCGGUGCCCAGAUCCAGGUCAAGGUGCAAGCCCAAGGCCAGGAGGGGCUGGGGCCCGAGAGCCCUAUGGUAACCAAGAGUGUCCCCGAAGAGGCCCCUAGCGGUCCCCCCCAGGGAGUGGCCGUGGCUGUAGGGGGUGCCGGGAACAACAGCAUCACAGUGACUUGGGGGCCUCCGCUGCCCAACCAGCAGAAUGGAGUGAUAAGGGAAUACCAGAUCUGGUGUCUAGCCAACGACAGUCGCUCCCACCUCAACAGCUCUGCGGCCGGCUGGGCCCGCUCUGCGGUGCUGCGGGGCCUGCGGCCAGGCCUGAUCUACUGGACCCAGGUGGCUGCGGCCACCAGUGCUGGCCUAGGCGUGGCCAGCGCCCCAGUGCGGGUGCAGCUUUCAUCCCCGAGCAUGCCUGAGGAACCAGGACUGGACACGGGUCCUGGGUUAGGCACACGCCUGGCACGGGUCCUGCGGGCUCCGGCCUUCCUUACAGGCAGUGGUGCGGCUUGUGGGGCGCUGCUGCUGGGCUUGUGUGGGGCCUUGUACCGGCGUCGCCGGCAGCGCAAAGAGUUCAGCCACUACACAGCCUCCUUCGCCUACACGCCGGCAGUGUCCUUCCCACACUCCGACCGCCUCUCGGGAGCCAGUGGCAGGCCACCCGCGGGCCUCGGCGCCCCAUACCCGUGGCUGGCCGACUCGUGGCCCCGCAGCCCCUCAGCGCAGGACCCCAGGGGGAGCAGCUGCUCGGGGCCUCGCCCAGAGCCCGAUGACAGAUACUACAAUGAAGCUGGCAUCUCCCUGUACUUGGCCCAGAUGGCACCCCAGGCCGACGCCUCGGGGUACAGCAGCACUGACCCAGCCGGGGAAGAACUGCAGACAUUCCACACAGGGUUCCCGCAGCAUCCCUCGGGGGGCCCUGGCUCCUGGAACCCCUAUGCCCCUCCUGAAUGGAGUGAGGGGGACAGUGCAGCCAGGUCAGGCAAGGCCAAGCUCCCCGGGAAGCCGGUACCCACGCCCACCCUCAGCUGGCCAGAAGCCCUGCCCCCACCGCCCCUGUCCAGUGAACUGAGCUGCCUAGAGGAGACCAAACAGGACCUGGAGGGCAGCUCACAGACAGAUGAGUGGGGUCCGCCUCCAGCCACCAGGAGCCAGCUAGCAGGGCCCAGGGCAGGGGGCUCUGCCCCUGCCUCCCCCACCCUGUCCUAUGGGCAACUGUCCACUGCCCCCCUGACGCCGUCCCCGCCUGAUCUGCCCCCGCCGCCCCCGGACCUGCCACACCUGCCACAGGGGUCCAGGAAGGCACCCCUGGGGCCUAGCACCCCCCUUAGCGUGUCACAGCCCGUGCUUGGCAGCCAUGAAGGCAGGACAGGAGCCCUAGGAACUGGCCUGGCCUCCUCACCCCCCAUCAGCCCCAGUCCGUCCCCCAGCCCUGCGGGAAGGAUCUGGCAGGGGCCCCGUGGCCGGGCCCGGAAGAAAUCCAAGGCUUCAUAUAGGCAGGAGCACAGUCCAGGGGACCUGCCGCCACCACCUCUGCCACCACCUGGGGAAGAGCCGUGCUGGGGCCCAGGGCUGAGGUCUGGGGGAAGCAUGUCCUCCCUGGAGCGGAAGCAGUCAUCGGUCACACCCUUGGGGGCACACAGGGGUCCCCAUCUGGAUGAGGAGGCCUGGCCUCCCUAUGGCAGACCCCCUGGCAUUCUGGCACGGGGCCCCAGCACCAGCUCCACGGCUGGCAGCAACUCGUCUCGGGGUUCAGGCAGCUCCAGGGGCUCCCGGGGGCCCAGCCGCAGCCGUAGCCGAAGUCAAAGCCACCGGCCGGGACAGAAGCGCCGAGAGGAAUGGAGAUGAUGCUCGAGGAGUCUGGGACCCGCCUGCAGUGAACCC